AUGGAGCGUGGUCCGUCACAAACUGGCGAGACAGACCGACGUCGACGCGCCAGUUCGAAUUACUUUGAACUGGAUGCCGAUCGGCGUCGUAACAAGUCAGAGCGCUCGGAACGUUUCAGUAAGCGUCUUAACUCGAUGGAUAUGACGGCUACAAGUAUCAAGGGUAUACCUCAAGAUGAUGAGGCAGCCAUUGAUUAUUGUUGUGAAUUUCUCAAGGCAAAAUUUGGAUUUCAGGAAGGGUCGGUCAGUAAUCAACGUGAACACGUUCUUCUUCUAUUGGCAAAUGUCAAAGCACGCUGUCUCUCUACUGACACGAACGAACAACAUCUGGUUCAAUUGGCUGACAAACUUUUGACCAAUUAUCGUUCAUGGUGCAAAUUUAUCCAUACGAAUCCUGUCACGUAUACUGGCACUGGUAUUCCAAAUGCAACGCCUUUUGGCAAUUUGUACAUGGAUAUCAUGUUGUACUUUCUGAUCUGGGGUGAAGCAGCCAACAUUCGCCAUAUGCCAGAAUGUAUCUGUUAUCUGUUUCACCAGAUGUUGCUUCUGGUGAAUGCCGACCCCCAGGGUCGUGAACUGCAACACGAGGGGUGGUACUUGGAUCAAGUGAUUCGUCCAAUCUGGCGUGAAGCCAGUAACAUGAAACGUCGAAAUGCCCUUGGGAAACCCUUGGAACAUGUGAAAAUACGGAAUUAUGACGACAUUAACGAGUACUUUUGGAAACAACAUUGUCUCAGUAUUGCCGUGACGCACGUGGGACAUGAAUUAACCCAAAACCACGGCAAGACUUUUUAUGAACAUCGCAGUGUCUUGACAUUGGUGCUCAAUUAUUACCGCAUUUUUCAAUUUAAUAUGAUGUUUCUCGUCUUAUUGACAGUAUUGGCUUUUGCCGUUACAAUUUCCCCCGAUGGUGGCAAAAGGGGAUGGGCACAAUUUGGCCGCAUUGGAGACGUGGUUGCCCCGUUUACGACCCGUGACUUGAAGUUGGCCGUGGUUGCCAUUCCAUUCAGUUUAAGUCUACUGGCUUUUCUUAAAUGUCUCUUGGAAGUCUGUCAUGGAUGGCAUUUACUUGUAUCGAAAGAACGUUCCGUGAGUAGUUCCCGAUCGUUCACGUACGGUGCUGCCCUAACCGCCCGGAUCAUAUGGAAUGGUGGAUUUGCCCUUUUAUUUGGUACAAUGAUGUACAUUCCCUUUAAUGAAGACAAGGACACAAUAUUAUUGGAUAAUUUGUACCCAUUAUGUAGUGGCUACAUUUUACCCGGUGCUAUAAUUUUAGUGCUACAAGCAUUUGCACCUCGACUUCUUAUGGGUUCAUUUGCGGCCAAAUUUGUCCGUGAAGGAGAAAGUUGUUAUGUUGGACAAGAGAUGACCCCGCCCUUGUCGUAUCAGAUCAAGUAUAUUGGAUUUUGGAUUUUUUUAUGGAUAAUUCAAGCCAUUACGUCGUAUUUUAUACUCGUGCGUCCCCUUUUGUUACCAACAUUGAGUAUCUACGCCAUGACAUUGGAGUAUCAGAAUUCACUGGUUUCGUUUCAUAAUAUCGGGAUUAUCUUUGCUCUUUGGCUGCCCGUGGUGUUUAUUUUCAAUUACUCGACUCAGAUUUUUUUCACAAUUUUUCAAGCACUUCUUGGUGGAUUUCAAGGCAUUUUAAUGAAAACGGGGGAAAUUCGUGGAGCAAAGGAAAUGACGAAAGCUUUUCGUGUUGCUCCGCAAUUAUUUGAUCAAAAAGUCGUGACUUUAUUGGCUCGUUCAAGUGAUGCACCUACAAGUGGUAAUAAUGCGGCCCGUGCAAGUACACUUGCUGCAGCUUACGAAUCCCAAAUGAUGUUGCGGUUUGUGGUGGUAUGGAAUGAAAUUGUUAAUUCGUUUCGUGAAGGGGAUUUGCUGGAUGAUAAGGAAGCUGCUAUUCUUCAAUAUGAUAUUCGCAGUACGGGUGAAGUCUUUGAGCCCGUGUUUUUAUCAGCUGGUAAACUUGUGGAGGCUAUGGGUUUGAUAAUCAAGACGGCCAAGGAUGGAAAAAGCGAGUCUCAGCUUCGCGUGACACUUGUGGAGAAUGACUGUCUUUCGGCUAUUCGUUCGUUUUUUACAGCGAGUAUGUACGUGACUAGUGCUCUUUUUGGCAACGAUGACGCUGAUGUGGUCGAUGGGUUUCGAAUCAUUGAGGACAUUGCGUCUAGCGGUGGCUUUCUCAAGUCAUUUAACAUUCUUGAACUAGCAAGUUUACGCAAUGCUGCUGUUGACCUCUUGGAAGAGAUUUUGGACUUGCCGGAUCCGGACGCGCAGUCACAGCACAUCCCGAAUGUUCGUGUGCACCCAUUAGGUGUGAUUCGCAACUUUGUUUCCAAAAUGGAGGCAUUUUUGAAUAGUGUACAGUCUUUCUGCUUGGACCCUGCCCUCCAGCGCAAGUUUGGCAACUCGAAAUUCUGUUCUAGUGCCAAUGGAUACGUGUAUGCGUCGCGCGGGCUCGUGAACAUGUUUUGCAGUGACACGGCCAUGGGCGCUGCCACGCGUGCCUGUCUGCUGCUAUCUCUAGAUCGUGCAGAGUCUAUGCCGCGUACUACGGAGGCACAGCGUCGUCUUGGGUUUUUCAUGAAGUCACUUGUUAUGGAUAUUCCCCAAUUGCGUUCCAUUAAGGAAAUGCGUAGCUUUUCUGUUGUGACUCCGUUCUACGCCGAGACAGUGUUAUUCUCACUGCAGGACUUGAAUGAUCCGCUUGUGAACCACCCGAUCUUUCAGCAGGCCGAGGAGGAUGGCAAGAAUUUGACGAUUCUGAAGUAUUUGACGAAGAUUCACCAAGAGGAAUGGGACAACUUUCUAGAGCGUGUGGAUGUGAGCUCUGCUGAGGAAGCUCAGAGGAAUCACCCCGAGGAAAUUCGUCUGUGGGCUUCAUACCGUGGUCAGACGUUGGCUCGUACGGUGCAAGGAAUGAUGAUGUACGAAGAUGCGAUCAAGAUCUUGCACUGGUUAGAAAUUGGCUCGAGCCCUGGCAAAUCGGCCGAGCAGAAGCAAAACCAGCUCCAGGAUAUGGUUCGUCUCAAAUUCUCGUACGUUUGUGCUUGUCAGGUGUACGGAAAGCACCGCGCCGAAGGUAAAGCGCAGGCUGCUGAUAUUGACUACCUUCUUCGCGAGUACCCCAACUUGCGUGUAGCGUAUGUGGACACGGUUGAACAUGAGGGCGGGGAGAAGUCUUUUGACACUGUACUGAUUAAGAGUGAAGGCAAUGAUGUGGUGGAAGUAUACCGCUAUUCGCUGCCGGGAGAUCCAAUUCUGGGUGAAGGAAAGCCUGAGAACCAGAACAAUGCUACUCCGUUUACGCGCGGAGAGUUUGUGCAGACCAUCGAUAUGAACCAGCAGCACUACUUUGAGGAGUGUUUGAAGAUGCCGCAACUUUUGUGUACUGCUGACCUGCAUCCAUCGAAGAAGCCGGUCUCGAUAAUUGGUAUGCGUGAACACAUUUUUACGGGUAACGCCAGCUCGCUUGCGAAGUUCAAGACGUGGCAGGAAUUGGUGUUCGUGACGCUGUCUCAACGGGUGCUUGCUGACCCUCUGUACGUUCGUAUGCACUACGGUCACCCGGAUGUGUUCGACAAGGUGUUGGCUAUCACGCGCGGGGGUGUAUCGAAGGCCAGUAAGGGCAUCAAUUUGUCAGAAGAUGUGUUUGCUGGUUUCAACACGACGCUGCGUGGCGGUGUCGUGACUCACGUGGAGUUCAUGCAGUGUGGUAAGGGUCGUGAUGUGGCUUUGUCUCAGAUCUCGAUGUUUGAAGGUAAGCUGGCCAAUGGUGCCGGCGAAACUUCGCUGUCUCGUGAGGCGCAUCGCAUGGGUCAGUUCAUGGAUUUCUUCCGUUUGAACUCGAUGUACUACUCACACACUGGUUUCUAUUACGCAACGUGGAUGACAAUUGCUACGACAUUCGUGUACAUGUACUGCAAGGUCUACAUUGCUCUUUCGGGUGUGCAGGCACAGAUUGUGUACAACAUGAACUCUACGGACAUCAUUAUGCAGAACUCGGGAAAUUACGGCUUUGACGAACGUGUUUUCGAUGACAUGGAUUCUGUAUACAACACGCAGUAUUACAUCCAGGCUGGUUUGUUCCUGUCACUACCGCUAAUUUGUGUGUACUUUGCUGAAAUGGGUUUGCGCCGUGGCCUUGUGCAAUUUUUAGAGAUGGUCUUCACGGCUGGUCCCAUGUUUUUCAUCUUCCAGCUCGGCACGACUAUGCACUUUUUCGAUAACAAUUUGCUCCACGGUGAAGCCCAGUACAAGGCCACGGGUCGUGGUUUCAAGAUCACACGUGAAACGUUUGUACUGUUGUACAAGGCGUACGCUCUGAGUCAUUACCGCAAGGCUAUGGAACUUAUUGGUCUAUGUAUGGUGUACUUGUCUUUUGGCACGUUUGACAUUUGCGAUACUUCAGUCGCUGGCCAAAUGAACUCAUUCGCAUUCGACUAUUGUGGCACGUCACAGAGCUUUGGCGUGCAAACGUUCGCUAUUUGGGUUAUCGCUGUGGUGUGGCUGAUAUCUCCGUACCUCUUUAACACCGAUGGUCUGGACUGGGAGAAAACGAAGGCUGAUGUGUCGGCGUGGACUAAGUGGAUGUAUGCCACUGAGGACUACCAGGAUGAAGACACGGUGAUGGUUGGUGGAUGGAUCGGCUGGUGGAAGGGUGAGUUGAAGUUGUACCACAAUACUAAGCCGGCUGCUCGUGCUACGGUUAUUUUGCGUGAAUGCCGUCACUUUGUGCUCAUGUGGUACGUGGUGGCACUCGAAUGGCAAAUUUUUACUGUGGGAUUGGUGUUUGGCACUGCGGCCAUCUCGGUUUUGGCGAUGGGCCUAUUUGGCGUCGCAGGCAGAUGCUUACGCACCGCCAAUUCGUCGCUUCGCGCAAUCGUCUAUGUGUUCGCAGUGGUAAUUGUGCUUAUCUUUUUUUUCGUCACCGCGACAGCCAUCUUCAACGUCAGCUUCACUAGAACCAUAUCUCUAUUCUUUGGCUACAUGGCGGCUCUAUAUGGCAUUAACGAAAUGGCGCGCAUGUACAGCUUUGCCAACUCGUCAAUCGCGACCAUGGGCAUGUUUCAGCAGCUUGCUUUCUUCUUCGACUUUGUCUUUGCAGUGGCUAUGAUCAUUCCGCUUUUGGUGAUGUCAGCCGUUCCGUUCCUGAACAUGGUCCAGACACGAAUGAUGUACAACAAGGGUUUUUCUGAAGUCGUUUCAGCCUCUUCCCAGUAUGCGUUUUCGCUGGCUGCUUUCAUGGGUGUGCUUGGCGGUAUAGGCUGCGGCUGGUUAUUUCACCUGUUUACAACGCUUGAGAGCACUGCCGGUUUCUUGAGCUACGUUACGACCUACGGCCUGCUUAACGGCAAAGUAGGGAACGGUUCAAUGACGUAUGCGUUCUAUAUCGCUUGCAUGGGUGGCACAUUUUUGGCGGGUUUCUCGAACUAUUUUAUCGGCCGUCGUUUAUCUAUCGUCUCUGGUGGCUUGCUGACGGUGCUAGGCAUGCUUGGUGUUAGUGCUGUGCAGUCGAGUGGUGAGGGUUUUCUGAUACCUGGCGUCUGCUCGCUUGGUGCUUCUCUUGGCAUGCUUUUGCCCACGCUUGCUGUGUAUAUCUACGAGAUAUCGACUCGUGAUAUGCGUGGCAAGGCUCUUCUUUUACUUGGAAGUGGCUUCAUUCUUGGCAUCUUGUUCGCGUCUUGGUUCUCCUCCUCGUCGAAUGAGGUUGGCUGGGUGUGGCAAGUGUUUAUUGCGACUAUAAUUCUUUCAAGUAUGACCCCGGCGGUUUACAUCUUCCCCGAGAGUCCGUACUGGGUGUACAUGCGCGAGGGGAUAGAUUCGUGUGAGCGAUGCCUUGCUGUAUUGCGUCGUAAGGAAGGUGUGUCGGAGGAGUUGCGAAUGAUCCGUGACGUCGAGUCUGGGAGUGACGACUCGAGUGCUAAUGGCUGUUCGUCGUUUCUCAAGUUUUUGAUGGGCCUGUUCCUGAUGCUGGUAUCCGGAUUGUUCCUCGGCUGUGUGAACAUGUACUUGUCUGAUACGUUCCGCGGUUUUGAUGAUGCAGCUUCCAUGUUCCUGAAUUGCACGGCGCUUCAGUUCGUUGGUGCACUUUUUUCUUUCUUUUUCAUGGACCGUAUCGACCACAAGCGUAUUCUGUUUUGCACGUUGCUACCAAUAGCAGCACUGAUCUGUGUACUGGGCGUGAACCACCAGUCGAACUUUGUGACGGGUGACAGCGAGUACCUGAUGCUUCAGAUUGUGUCUCUACUUUUGUACUUUUUCGCUGGAUUGGGAAUUACCUCGGUGCCAUGGGUGUCGUGCAUUGGUUUGUUUGCCACGAAGCAGCGUGCGGUGUACGUGACGGUCUAUUUCAUGAUAUUCUUCAUGCUGCCGCUUUGCGCCACUUUUGUCCGGUCCAACGAGUCAAUGGGAGAGCAGUUUUACCUGUUCGCAUUGACUGGCUGCUGUGUUGUGUCACUGGGGCUUUUGUUCACUAUGGGUACUCUCGAGAAUGGCAUGCUGUGCACCAAGGGCGAGAUGGAAGCAGAGCGCAGCCGUCUGCGCCGCUUCCGGGCGUCUCGCCGCAGUGCUCGCACGCCAGGAAGUGCGCGUUCAAAAAACUUUAGCCGUUCACGUGCAAAGUCGCACUCGAAUUAUCAAAUGUACGAUUCGCCUGCUGGGAGUGCACCGUAG